UUGGGUGACGUCACUUAUAUCCUUCUCGCUAACCUCGUGUAAGAUGGCAGACACAAAGUUAUACGAAAUUUUAGGCGUCAGUAAAAACGCUUCCGAUAAUGAAAUCAAAAAGGCUUACUACAAACUGGCAAAGGAAUUUCACCCUGACAAAAACCCAGAAUCUGGUGAAAAGUUUAAGGAAAUAAGUUUUGCAUACGAGGUACUAUCUAACCAAGAGAAGAGAGAGACGUAUGACAGAUUCGGUCUUCAGGGUUUGAAGGAAGGUGCAUCUGCAGGGGGUGGCUUUGGAGGCGGCCUCUUCGAUGACCUGUUUGGAAAUUUCUUUGGCUUCCCUGGUAUGGGAGGUGGUGGCGGCGGUGGAGGAAGGAACCGCAGGAGGCGUGGGGAAGAUACCUUCCACCCUCUCAAAGUGUCUUUAGAAGACUUGUACAAUGGUAAAACUGCCAAACUUCAACUUAGCAAAACUGUGAUUUGUGGAAAAUGCAAUGGCAUGGGGGGUAAGCAGGGAGCAACAGUAAAAUGCCGUAACUGCCAGGGCCGGGGCGUCAAGAUCACACUGCGUCAGCUGGGCCCGGGGAUGGUGCAGCAGAUGCAGUCUAUAUGUAAUGAGUGUCAUGGUGAAGGUGAGACAAUAAGUGACAAGGAUAGGUGCAAGUCUUGCAAGGGGAAGAAAGUAACGAAUGAGACAAAGAUUUUGGAAGUACAUGUGGACAAAGGAAUGAAAGAUGGCCAGAAGAUUCCAUUCAGAGGAGAAGGAGAUCAGCAGCCUGACAUGGAGCCAGGUGAUGUGAUUAUCGUCCUCCAGAUGAAGGAGCACUCUGUGUUUUCCCGAGAUGGUGUUGACCUGUACUGCACUCACACUAUAGGGCUUACAGAGGCUCUGUGUGGCUUCCACUUCUCCCUCAAACAUCUAGAUGGCCGGGAGCUGGUCAUCAAGAACCCUCCAGGAGAUGUCAUUCACCCAGGCAUGAUAAAGACAGUGCUCAGUGAGGGCAUGCCAAUCUACAGAAGCCCCUUCGAGAAAGGAAACUUGUACAUAAAAUUUGACAUCACUUUCCCGAAGCAGAACUUCACAACAGAGGCAAAACUUAAGGAAUUGGAGACAUUGCUUCCAGUUCGUGAAAAAGUUGACAUCCCUAUCGGUGACCAUGUUGAGGAUGUUGAUCUCGUCAACUUCGAAGAUACACGAGGUAGUGAUGGCCGUCGAGGCGAGGCGUAUGAUGAGGACGAUGAUGAAGAUCACCAUGGGCCAAGAGUACAAUGUGCUCAUCAGUAGUAACUUAUUACCUUCACAUUUUAUGAGAAGACAUUUUUUACUCUUGGAUAUUUAACUGCAGAGGAUGUCGAUCUGAACUCAGCAAGGUCAAAGCAAGAACGAUAUUGGAAUCAGACCUUUCAACUAUAUUGGUACGAAUCUUCCCACGUCUUAACGUGGAGGCGUUUGAUAGGUUUAACCAAUAACUGUAGAGUUGCUGCAACUGUGACAUGCCUUUUUAAACCUAAUUGGACAUAAGUCAAGAUUACCCAUAACUAAUUCAAUGCCUGCUGCUCUUGAAGAAGCAACGUGUUAGAGGACAGUGAAGAGGAUGAGUUUGGUAGAUGUUUUCCAGCUGUCGCAACUCUGUAUACCCAUCUAGCUGAGUUUUUCCAAGUUGAAAAGAACGUUCAUGUUUGAUACAUGUCAACAUGGAUAUCGCCCAAUGCAACAAGAGAUAUGUCUGUAAUUUAACAAGGAUGAACACUUUAUCACUGACAAACUUGUCACAGAGGACCGUCACAGUUUGAAGUGUACAUGGAAUAACUACUAUUUUAAAACGUUCAAAGAAAGAUUGAUGGUCCUGUUUAUGGGGCUUGAAUAUUUGCACAAACUGUGAAUUUGUUUUUCAUGUUUUAUGAUGAGAGUGUUGUACCAUGAGAUGGAUGGAUGGUAAAUAUCUGAGGCCUGUUACACAAAGUGAUCGUAGCGCUACAACUGUCGUAAGUAUAUGUUAAAGUAUGCUAGUUACAAUCAUCUUAGCGCUACGAUCACUUUGUGAAAUGGGGCCCUGCUCUGUAUUCUCUACCUGGCUUUCAGUUCACAAUGUUUGUGAUGCAUUUAAUCAUAGUAACGUGUCCAGUAUCAAUGUGCAGGCUUAUGUCCCUCAUUUCAAGUAUCGCCAGCAUUACAACAUCUGUCCAAGGGAAGGACAUGCAUAUGGAUACAGCAGACCUUACCUGUGGAUGUUAAGUGUUUGUACAACUGGUACUUGUAGGUUUGUGUCCUUUAAUCUAUCCAUGUAUAUACUGAUCAGUAUGUUGUAGAGUUCUGUGAAAGCAAAUUAUACAAGCAAAGAAAUCUAAAUGUUUAUAAUUUGUGAAUUGAUGUUGAAAAUAUGAAUUAACAAAUUCCAAGAUUACAGUCCUAUUUAAGACAUUUGUGCUUGUGGUUUUUUAGUUGAAUAUAAAGAAAUAAAUGAGAAUAUUAAUCUUGA